CACGGAUUUAUUUUAUAAUUCCCACUCAUCGAAGAUUUCUGCAGGCCGUUUUUCAACUUACGUCCCCAGCGCUUUUAACCCACCCCAAACAGUAAACCCUUUUACCGUAACCUAAACGCACUUAAUCCAAAUGGCUUCUGAAGGAGAUGUUGUGGCUAACAUUGCUGCCCCCGAGACCGUUGUUGAGGUCCCCGCUGAUGCUGCCCGCGGUACUCUGACCGUUGAGGAGGCUCUUGAGAUUGUCCUCAAGAAGGCUCUUGUCAACGACGGCCUUGUCCGUGGUGCCAAGGAGUCGAUCAAGGCUCUUGACCGCAAGGAUGCCGAGCUUUGCGUUCUGUGCGAGACCACCGAGGAGGCUGGCAUUGUCUCCCUGGUCGAGGCUCUGUGCAAUGAGCACAAGAUCCGCCUGAUUAAGGUUUCGGACGCCAAGAAGCUUGGUGAGAUGGCCGGUCUUUGCAAGAUCGAUCGCGAGGGUGAGGCCCGCAAGGUUCGCGGCGCUUCUGUUGUUGUUGUCCGCAAGUGGGGUGAGGAGUCGGUUGCCCGCACCACCCUCCUUGAGCACUUUGGCUCCCAGUAAGCUUGACAUUGCGUCGUGUGAAUAUGCAUUUGUAAUGUCCGCGAGUUUUUCGUUAGAUCAAUAAAUGUAUUUUCCAAACCAAAAAA